AUGUCAGACUCCCGGUGCAGAGGUCUGUCGCCCAAAAACCUACUGUUGGCUUGUUUGGUUGCGGCGAUGACUUUGAGCAUUGGCCACAGCUUUUUUGGCUUUCGGUAUGAAGAGGCGAGGCCGUGCUGGCUCGAAUCGGACCGGACCGGGGGCCCGAAUCUCACCACGCUGCAGGGUGACAACGACGCGGACGAAGAUCGAGCGAAUCUAGCAGUUCCGGUGUUUGUUUCAGAAAGCAUCGGAGGCAGUGAUCUUCCUUUGCCGACGGAUCCCCAUGACCAAAACCAGCUGGAGAAGUUGCUGUCCUUACUUCGGUGCAGCGGGACGGACACGGAGGAUUGCUUCCGAUUUGCCAGGUUGGCUGGCGAGGCGCGCGAGGCCCGCCGCCUGCACACCCAGAAUCAACGGCGCUUUCUGCAAGACUCCCUUGCCGGCUCGAAGCAGUGCAGCGGCUUCUCAGGAAUCCGAGAUCAACAUCCUGACCUUGUCCCGAUGCCGGACUGGCUUCGGCCGCGCCCUUAUUUUCAAGAUGCCUUCGCGGACCUCAGCAUCGUCGGGUUGCCCAAGACGGGCACGACGCAGCUGUAUGAAAUCCUCGGCUCACAUCCAAGCAUGAUAAGGCUGAAUCCGCUCCGCAAGGAAAACUGUGCUGUUUAUCCACGGACCAGACGAGACGUGUCUCUCGAUGCGCCGACCAGCGAAGCCGAAGAGACUGAAAAGCGGCAACUGCAAACCAAUCUGUAUAGCUUCGUGAAGUCCAUGGCGGCAAGUCGUUCCUUACAUGCGAAGCCACGCGGCGCAGCACCAGCGGUCACUCUGAACGGGUGCGUGAACUUUGCAAGCGUGGCAUUCACCUGGUACUACCUGAGACCAGUGGACCGCAAGUUCAUCCUCCUGUUUCGUGACCCCGCCGACUGGAUGUGGUCUUCCUGGAAUUUCUUUGACCAGAGAGGUCAUCUUGAUAAAGGCGGUCUCGGCUCCCAUGGAUGGGUGACGAAGAGAAACUAUCGCUCGCCGGAGUUGUUCCACGAGCUGAUUGCAUCCCGGUCAAAGACACUGGGCGGUCAGUGGCUGGUGAAGUGGCGAUGUCGGAGCCUCGAGGAUCCCAGGCUUCUGGUGAGGAUGGUGGGCAACCGCAGCGUCCUUUUCCUGAAGAACGAGGACCUGGUUCCCAGCAGAAUCACCCUGGAGGGCGGUUUGCUCGACAAGGUGAGUGCCUUCGCUGGCAUUGACCCGACGAAGUUCGACCCGAACACCUACUCCCAGGUCAUGAACUGCAACAACCAGAAAGGCUUCCGCUCCAAAUGUGGCAAUAUGACCACUGCCUACAAGGUGAGUGGAGGAAGAAGCCUGCUGCCUGAGACGCGGGUCCUCAUCUAUUUGCAAUUCUGGGAGAUUUGCAACAUUUGGGCAGUGGAGUUCGGCAUCGCCUACCGAGACUGCCUGGAUGCGGCGAACUCCACAGCACCCAUAUGA